AUGAAUUGUUUUGUACACAACAAUUUACGUGUACAAUUAGGUGAUAUUGUUUCAAUUGAACGUUGUCAAGAUAUUAAAUAUGGUACACGUAUACUUGUUUUACCAAUUGAUGAUACUGUACAAGGAAUAACAGGAAAUUUAGUUGAACUUUAUUUAAAACCAUAUUUUAAUGAAUCUAAUCGACUAGUACAUGAAGGUGAUGUUUUUAUUGUUCAUGCAGCUAUGCAUGCUGUACAAUUUAAAGUGAUUGAAACUGAACCAAGUCCUUCCUGUAUUGUUACACCAGCUACAGUUAUACAUUGUUAUCCAAUUAAAGGUGAAGAAGAAAUAUCUUUAAAUAAAAUUGGUUAUGAUGAUAUUGGUGGUGUUAGAAAACAAUUAGCACAAAUUAAAGAAAUGAAAACAGUUGAUGUUAAACUACCACGUAGUAUUCUUCUUUAUGGACCACCAGGCACAGGUAAAACUUUAAUUGCACGUGCUGUAGCUAAUGAAACAGGUGCAUUCUUCUGUUUAAUUAAUGGAUCAGAAAUUAUGUCGAAAUUAGCUGUUGAAUCAGAAUCAAAUUUACGUAAGGCUUUCGAAGAAGCUGAAAAGAAUUCUCGAGCUAUUAUCUUUAUUAAUGAACUUGAUGCAAUUGCACCAAAACAUGAAAAAACACAUGGUGAAGUUGAACGUCGUAUUGUAUCACAAUUAUUAACAUUAAUGGAUGGUGUUAAACAAUGUUCACAUGUUAUUGUUAUGGCAGCAACAAAUCAACGAAAUUCAGUUAAUCCAGCACUUCGUCGUUUUGAUCUAGAAGUUGAUAUUGGUAUUCCUGAUGCUGCUGGUCGUUUAGAAAUUCUUUAUAUUCAUACAAGAAAUAUGAAAUUAAAUGAUGUUGAUCUUGUACAAAUUGCUAAUGACACGCAUGGCUAUGUUGGUGCAGAUUUAGCAUCAUUAUUUGCAAAAGCUGUUGUACAACAAAUAAAAGAAAAAAAAAGAUUACUCAAUUCAUUAACUAUUACACAAGACAAUUUUCGAUUGGCAUUUAAUCAAUCAAAUCCAUCAGCUUUAAGUGAAAUAGUUGUUGAAAAACCAACAACAACAUGGGACGAUAUUGGUGGUUCAAAAAAUGUUAAACAUGAAUUACAAAAACAUAUUCAAUAUAAUGCGGGAUAUCCGAAAAAAUUUAUCGAAUUUGAUAAAAUAUCAUCAAGUGGUAUUCUCUUUUAUGGGCCACCUGGUUGUGGUAAAAAAUUAUUAGCAAAACCUAUGGCUACUGAAUGUGGAGCAGAUUUUAUUUCGGUAAAAGGUUCUCAGUUAUUAACUAUGUGGUUUGCAGCACCAUGCGUACUUUUUAUUGAUGAAUUAGAUGUAAUUGCUAAAUCUCAUGGCGAUAGUGCUGACGAUGGUAGUGGUGUAACUGAUCGUGCCAUUAAUCAAAUUUUAACUGAAAUAGAUGGUAUCAAUAUAAAGAAGAAUGUUUUUAUUAUUGGUGCCACUAAUCGACCAGAUAUUAUCGAUUCAACUAUAUUUCGACCAGGUCGUCUGGAUCAAUUAAUUUAUAUUCCAUUACCAGAUUAG